CCAAGGGUAAAUGAACGAACCAUUCUGUUUAAAAUGCAACCAAACGCCGUCGUUUCGGCAUACUAGACUACUAAUUUCAAAUUUUCAAUCCCUAAAAGGUCGAUUCCAUCGCCAAUCAAAAGGGGGCAAAAAACGAUCCCGCCGCUCCAUUGCCGCCGGCGCGAAGCUCCUUUCCGACUUCCGCCAGCAAGCCGCCACCAGUUCAUCAAUUCCACCCCAGACCCGGAAAACUUUUGAAGACCAAUGGGAAACAAAAUUUAGCCUUCUGGGGAUUUUUACGCUCUUUACCCGUUAGUGCUUCAGCUGCGGGCCAGUCAAAAGCGAGGUAAGUUUCCUCGUCUCUGGUGUUCUUUGUGUAAUUGAUGGUUGAUUCCGAAUUUUGAUCCAACGUUUCCCUUGGGCGCGCUUUGUCUAUCUGCAAUUGGGUUUCUGCACUGUUUACAGGAACACCAUUCCUCUUUCGCUUAUCUUGGCUGUUUUUUCGCAUGUAUGCGGUUCAUCUUGCCUAACUGGAGAAAUUCACAGCCAAGUUCAUUGCUUUCUCUUCGGAGCAGCAGCUUUACGUGCUUCUUUUUUCGUACGUGGAAUUGGCUGAAAUGGUGAAUCUGAAUGGAGCGUCCUGACUGGAAUGGGAAAGGUUGAUGAUUUGCGCACUGCGUUCUUAAGCCAUGAUAUGGUGAACUAUCGUGUAUUUGGGAUGGUUUCAGUUCUUGCUCGUGCUGGCAGAUUCUAAACUUUUACGAACAAAUUAGAGUAUGUUCACUGCUUCUUGGUGCGUUCACCUGCUCAAGCGCACGCGAACCGUCUCUCUGAACCUUAAUAGUUCGCACUGUUUCUCAACUCAAACAUUAUCCACUCAAUGCCAACUGUCUUCAGCCCUCCCUUAUCUCAAGCUUCUCAACUCGAAGCUCUCUGGCUUCAUGAGAGGUGGCCUGGUCGAGGAAGCAGAGAAUUUGUUCGACGAAAUGCCUGAUCGAAAUGUUGUGACUUGGAACACCAUGAUAAACGGCUAUUUCAAGAAUGGACAGAAGGAAAAAGCCUUCGGUUUGUUGGGUUCCAUUCCCAAUCCUGAUAUCUAUACAUACAACACAAUGAUCUCCGGGCUGGUCCAGAGCGGUGAUCUGUUUGGUGCUAGGAAGGUCUUCGAUAAGAUGGACUCUAGAGAUGUAGUUACCUGGAACUCCAUCAUUGCCGGUUAUGUUCACAAAGGAAUGGUUGACGAGGCGAUGCAAUUGUUUCAUGAAAUGCCUGGGAUGAGAGGGAGAGACACAGUGUCUUGGAUAGUUAUGGUUUCUGGCUUGGCUAAGGAAGGGCGUCUUGUUGAAGCUCAUGAGUUGUACGAGCAGAUGCCGCUCAAAGACUCUCAUGCUUCCAAUUCCAUGAUUGCUGCAUAUAUCAGAAUCGGGGAGCUGGGCCGGGCAGAAAACUUGUUUCACAAGGCAGAACAAAAAGACUAUGAUUCUUGGAGGCAAUUGAUAAAUGGGUUAGUCACUUUUGGAAGACUCCGUGAUGCUCUUAGCCUCUAUUUGGAAGCACCUGAGAAAUGUCACACUACGUGGAACUUGCUGCUGCUGAAAUUAAUGGAAAAUGGAGCACCUAAACCAGUUCAUGCCCUCCUCGAAAAGCUUCCAUAUGGCGACAUUGUGUCAUGGACUAACAUAAUCGUCGGAUACUUCAGGGCAGGUGAAGUAGGAGCUGCAGUUAGCCUGUUUUACUCGAUGCGUAGUCUAGAUGUAACGUUAUGCAAUGUGAUGAUAUGUGGAUUAGGAGAAAAUGAUCUUAAGGAAGAAGGCGUCAAAUUGUUUAUGAUGAUGAAAGAAUCAGAGUUAUCACCUGAUAAGGCUACUUUCACUAGCAUCUUGACAAUUUGUUCAGAGUUACCAGCCUUAUGCCUAGGCGAACAAGUAUGUGCACAGAGUAUCAAGACGGCACUAAAUCACACUAUCGAGGUAUGCAAUGCAAUGAUCACUAUGUAUGCCAGAUGUGGGAAUAUGACCUCUGCUUUGCGUUGCUUUUCCUCCAUGCCUACCCAUAACGUCAUUUCUUGGAACUCGAUCAUCUCUGGAUUUUCCCACCAUGGUCUUGGACCACAAGCCCUUGAGAUGUUCGAAGAAAUGAGAUUUAGCGAUGUGAAGCCUAAUGAGUUAACCUUUAUUGCCGUUCUGUCUGCUUGUAGCCAUGCAGGAUUGGUGGAAAAAGGUAAAUACUACUUCGAUUAUAUGAAAGACGAGUGCUUUCUGCAGCCAACAGCCGGACAUUACACUUGUAUCGUGGAUCUAUUUGGAAGGUUUGGGCUGAUUGAUGAAGCUAUGAGUUUUAUAGACCAAAUGAGAGCUGAUGGGCUCGAAGUUCCCGUUAGUGUCUGGGGAGCUAUACUUGGAGCUUGUAGAGUUCACAGAAAUGUUGAAGUUGGUGCAGUUGCUGCUGAGAAUGUGUUGGCGAUUGAACCAAAUAGGUCUGGCACGUACAUGAUUUUGGCAGAGAUAUAUGCUAGCGUUGGAAGGUUGAACGAGGUGGAGAGAGUUUUGACCCGAAUGAAGAAAAAUGGAGUCAAGAAACAACCUGGGUGUAGUUGGAUUGAGAUGAACGACGGUGGAAGUGUUUUUCUUUCUGGAGAUAAGUCGCACCUUGAGUUUGAUAGGAUCGUUGAACCCUUGGAGGUAUAACACGUGGACGUGGAGCUGACGAGUGUAGCUAGCUCUGAUCAAAAUCUUGUUGGCACUCUGGGUAAUUUGUUCAUGCUUGUUCAAGCCCUACAUUGGAUUUAUUGUUCCGACUGGCAGAGGUGCAACAGCAAAGUAUGAUGCAAGUCACUGCAAAUUGGGAUUAUACGAAUGCAAAUUUGUUCAACCUCGAAAGUCGAAAAAUCAUAAAUCCUUGAUAUAGAUUGAAGCUUUUCCCUCUGCCUUUCUUUGGUCAUAUAGCCAUACAGACUUGAUGAACUACUUUAUCUAUGAAGCCGAAAAGGUACAGUUGCAGCCAUUCCUGACAUAUCAACUCCUUGUUUUAUGUUUAUCUUUAUCAACCACCAUUGAUGUUUGCUGAAGCUUGAUGCUUGAUUGAACAACUUUAUAUUCAUUGAAGCCCGAGGAGCUGCUGAGUUAGUCAUGGUUUGUUUUUCAGAUCAAGCUUGGAAAACCUGCAUUAACAAAUGUCAGCUCCUCCAGAAGCUAGUUAACAAAUUUGGACCUUUUUGCUGGUUGGCUUCUCAUGACUUUCAUGUAAUUCUUUCAACAAAUAUCAGAUACUGAAUCUUGCUUGUACAGAUUGCUAAGCAUGAGCAACCAUUCGAUCUAGACUGUGACCCAAAUCAGUCUAAAACGACCGAGAUUGAACCGAAUCAUUGUACAGAUUCAAUUCCCUUCAAUACCUCAAAAGAUUUUACAUUUGUGAACAAAGAAAUAAAGAUGAA